AUGGGGAAGUGGGAGCAGGUGAGCAGAAGGUCUGGUGGCUUCAGGGCUCAUGAGACAGGUACAAGCAGUUUGGAGGUGAAAGAGAACCGGGAUGAUAUAAGCCAGGUGGACUGUGACCUGCUACGAAAGUAUCAUCCAUCGGCAUUUUGCACGACUUUCCCCAAACACGGGCCAAGAGCACCGAAGAGGAAGCGGCCGCUGGCGGAUGGAAAAGACCGGCUGCUCUACCAAAGCCACUCGACCUGUAAAAGAGCAGCCUGGACGGUCACUCGGAAGAACGCGCUGGUGCAGCUGAACGAGUUGCGGCCCGGUCUGCGGUAUGAGAUCCUGUCAAAGACGGGCCCUCUGCAUGCUCCGGUGUUCUCUGUAGGCGUCGAGGUAAACGGCUUCCACUUCGAGGGCCGAGGACCAACGAAAAAACAGGCCAAGAUGAGGGCUGCAGAACUGGCCCUCCGGUCGUUCAUCCAGUUCCCAAACGCCUCCCAGGCUCACGCCACCAUGGGGAGCUUCGCCAGCACUCCUGCAGAUUUUACAGCGGACCAACUGGACAUCCCCGACGCCUUCCUCACAGAGUUUGAGCUGCGUGAGAGCUGCGAUCUGCUGCACUGCAACACACCGAAGAAAGAGUUGUUUUCCAGCGUGUACAACCACAGGCGGCUUGUCCGACUCACACUGGACUUCUCCUCGAGUCAUCCAAAAAGACGAGCCCUCAGCACCUCACUUUUAGAGCAACUCAGCCCGGUGGCGCUGCUCAACGAGCUGCGACCGGGACUCAGGUACAUGUGCCUGACGGAGAGGGUUCACGGCAGGCCAGUGAGGAGUUUCGUUAUGGUGGUCCGGGUGGAGGGGAGGGUGUUUGAAGGGUGCGGUCACAGUAAAAGGUUGGCCAAGGCCCAGGCAGCCGCGGCCGCCCUGCAGUCUCUUUACAACGUAAGUCUGGGACCAGCAAGGAAAGUCUCGGGUCUCCAGCAUCAGCUACCUCAGUUCUUCGCAGAGUCGAUCUUCCGCCUGGUUGGAGAGAAAUACUCAGAGCUGACAGACGGCUGCUCCUCUACCUCCUCGUACGCCCGUCACAAAGUCCUGGCAGCGGUCGUAAUGACCAGAGGAUUUGACCUGAGGUCGGCGCAGGUUGUGUCUCUGGCCACGGGGACUAAGUGUCUGGACUCGGACAACGUCGGCGACCGCGGCGGUACGCUCAGCGACUGCCACGCCGAAGUCCUCAGCCGGAGGGCGCUGGUUCGAUUCCUGUAUGGCCAGCUGGAGCUGCUGCUCUGUGAGCCAGCAGACUGUGAGGAACAAUCCAUCUUCGUACCAAAUAAAGACGGCGGCGGCGGCAGCUUCCGGCUGCGGGACGGCGUCCUCUUCCACAUGUACGUCAGCUCGUCGCCGUGUGGAGACGCUCGACUCAACUGCCCCUACGAGACCACAGCUGCAUGUGAGACCAACACGUAUCCCAGCAGGAGGUUUCACUGUCACCUCAGGGUGAAGGUGGACGGAGGCGAGGGGACGCUGCCCAUCACAGCGGGAAGAGCCAAUCAGAACCUGGGCGGCGUGUCGCUGGGCAAACCUCUCGUCACCAUGUCCUGCACUGACAAGAUGGCAAAGUGGAGCAUUGUGGGCCUCCAGGGGGCUCUCCUGUCUCACCUGGUGGAGCCGGUUUACCUGCACAGCCUGACGGUGGGGACGCUCAGCCACACGGGUCACCUGAGCCGGGCCGUGGGACGCCGCCUCGCGCCCGUCAAGCGCCUCCCCUUCCCGUACCAACGACAGCAGCUGCUGCUCGGCUGUCUGAGCAGCAGCGAGGUUCGGCCGGCGGGCAAAGCACCGAACGUCAGCGUGAACUGGACCCGGGGUGACGGAGGCCUGGAGGAGAUCAACACCUCCACAGGAAGGAGGAAGGACUCGGGGAUGCCGUCGCGGCUCUGCAGGCUCUCCAUGUUCGCCCGCUGGCAAAGGCUGCAGCAGCAGUUGAACGGGGAAGAAACCACUCUAAGGACAUAUUCUGGUUCCAAGAUGGCUGCUGAACGGUACCAAAGGGCGAUGCUGCAGUUCACCAGCGCUCUGCAGGGCGGAGGGCUGGGGACUUGGCUCAGAAAACCUCCAGAAUAA